GUAUUCCAAAGAUUGCAGUAAUCAAUAAAUUGUUGCUUUAUUCAAUUUUUACAUGACGUUUCUUAUUAGUAAUUCGAAAACGAAAAACCAUAUAAUUAAAAAUAUGAAUAAAAAUUUGUUUGUCAUCGUUUUAACAUUUUUUAUUAUGAAUCUAUCAAACGCUCAAGAUAUGGAUUUGGGAACUAUUGUUUUUGCAAAUGUUUUAUAUAGACAUGGAGAUAGAACACCUAUAAGACCUUAUCCAAAUGAUCCUUAUAAUGAUGAAAGUAUAUGGCCAGUUCCAUAUGGUCAAUUGACAAAUAUUGGAAAGGAUCAACAUUUAUUACUUGGUCGUUGGAUUCGUAAACGCUAUUCAUAUUUAUUAAAUGAAUUAUAUUCUCCAUAUGAUAUUUAUAUUCAAAGUACUGAUGUAGAUCGUACUUUAAUGUCAGCAGAAUCACAUCUUGCGGGUUUAUAUCCACCAGUUGGUAAAGAAAUAUGGAGUAAUAUUAAAUGGAUACCUAUUCCAGUACACACUAUUCCAACAGAUAAAGAUCAUAUUUUAGCUGCUAGAAAAUAUUGUCCUAAAUAUGAUUAUGAACUGGACAAAGUUCUUAAUUCUCCAGAAAUAAAAAAAAUAAAUAAAGAAAAUAAAAAAUUAUAUGCAUAUUUGACAGAAAAAACAGGAAAUAAGAUUUCAUCUCUAAGAUCUGCUGAACAACUUUAUGAUACCCUAUUUAUUGAGAAUCUUUAUAAUAAAACAUUGCCAGAAUGGACAAAAUCAGUAUUUCCAGAUAAACUUAAAUCUAUUGCUGAAAAAAGUUUUACAACUAGUGCCUAUAAUAAAAUUCUUCAAAGAUUAAAAUCAGGAUCAUUACUUGGAGAAAUGAUAGAUCAUAUGGAAAAAAAAUCAAAAAAUGCCUUAGUACCUGAUAGAAAAAUAUGGAUGUAUAGUGCUCAUGAUGAUACUUUAGCCAAUAUGUUAAUGACUUUAAAUCUUUUUGAACCACAUUGUCCACCAUAUACUGCUACAAUUUUGAUAGAAUUAAGAAUAAAUUUAAAAAAUCAGUAUUUUGUAACAAUAUAUUAUAAAAAUACUAGUGAAGAACCAAAACUUUUGACACUUCCUGGUUGCAUUACAUUAUGUCCCUUAAAUCAAUUUAUUACAUUAACAAAAGAUGUUAUACCUAUAAAUUGGGAAAAAGAAUGUACAAUGGAUUGGGAACAAUUUGAAUAUAAUAUGAAUACACCAGCAGUUAUUGUAAUAUUGACAUCUUCUAUACUGAUGUUACUUUUAUUAGUUUUAUUUAUAAUGGGCUUUAUUUAUUGGCAUUAUAAAAGAGAACAUAAUCAGUAUUACCUACGAUUAACAACGGAUCCCAUAUAAUAUUGUGAAAAAAAAUAAUUGAUAUUACAUGUGAGCGCUUUAUUAUUAUGAUAUCAAUGUUUUCGUAAUUAGAUAAUUAACAGAAUUAAGAUAAAUUAUAAAACUCAUAUUUAAUUUUACAAACAUUAAGAAAUGAAUUUAUAAUAUGAAAAAUAAGUCUGAUAAUUAUUUUCACAUAAAAUAUUCGAAAAAAAUUUUAUAUAUUUUAUGAUAUUUGUACUUUUUUAUUAAUGAUAAAAUAUUUCAGUUUAUAAUUAAAUAAGUGGAUAAAUAAAUCCAUAAUUGUAAAUUUUAAUUGAUAAAAAAAAUUAUAUAUAAUAUUCGUAUAAAUUGUUGAGAACAAGGCUGUUAUAAAACGGUAUUUCUAAUAAUUUUUAGCAUGACAAAAGAUCCUUAAUAAUUUUUGUGAUUAUAAAGUGCUAUAUUACUUAAAUUGAUUUUUAUAUAUAAUAUGAAUUUAAAAAAUUAUCUGUGAUGACCAAAAUAAUUUACACAUUAAUUCUGAAAAAAUUAAAAUAAUUAAAAUAAUUUUAUAAUGUAAAAAUGAUAUCAUGAUAAGAAAAAAUGAAUUUUAAAAUACAUAUAUUAACUCAGGGUAUCUUAGUUUUUAUUUUAUACUAAACAAAUAGAUUCAUAAAUAUUUGAAAUUCAAAAUAAAAUAAAAUAAAAUAUUUUAAAAAAAUUAAAUUUGCAAUAUUUUAAAGAGUAUCUAGUCAUAUCAUAUUAACUUAACUAUUAAUUAAAAUUCUAUUUGUUAUUAAAUUGUAAUACAUUUACAUGGAUAUUAUUAUAAUUUAUUGUAAAUCGUAUUUUUUGAAUAAGAAAUACAAAGUAAAUUAGAUUUAGUGAAACAAAAAGACAAUAUCUUAGAGAAGAAAAAGAGAAGUUACGUCCUAUUUUAAUCAAAUAGAUUAUACUCUAAAAAUUUUUCAAUUUUUAAACUAAUCUAUUUUAUCACUAUAUUUUGUUGUUCGAUAUUAUAUAAGCAUACAAAUAUAAAUUGUAUUCUAUUUAAAGUAUUUUUGUGACAUUUAAAAGCGAAUAAAAUAAGUAUUAUAAAGGAA